UAGUGACGUGGUUUUGGAUUUUCCGUAAAUCAACUUGAUCAGGAAGAUAAGCGGAAAUGGUGAAUUGCUAAGAAUGCGAGGUAUGCAGACAGGGUAAUUGUGGAACGCUGAUGUAUACAACCUUCACCUACAUCGCAGUUUUAACAAUUACAAGGGAAAUCGUCGGAGUUCCUCGUUAGCGAUGGCAAGCGGGAAUGACGUUAAUGAGUUGGCUAAAUCAUUCCAAAAUGCUUCCAUGUCUGGAAAGUCUGAGAAGGAAUCAAGAGAUUUAGCUUUUAAAAGAGCAAGUAAUGACAUUAUGAGCAAUAUUACUGUUGAAACACAAGUGUUCUCCAGAAGUUUGCCAUUAGAUAAAGAUGCUUCAAACAAUAAUGAGGCAUUCGGUGGUGCAAAGCCAAAACAAGGUUGUUGGCACGGCGAUCGACAUAGAACACACAGCGGUAGUAGUCAAGGGAAACAAGCAAGUGGGUAUGAAAACAUAGAAGAGCAGAAUUCAAAAACUGAACAUAAAGAUCAGAAGGAAAACACUCGUCGACAACGGACAUGCAGUGAACGGAAGAGUGUAGCGAACGACAAACCUGACCGGCGACAUUCAGCAUCAGAAAAUAAAAGCAACUUCUCUGACAAGCGAAGACCGAAUAAGGCCAAUCAGAAAAAAGAAAAUUCAUCCUCUAGGUCCUCAGAUGGUUCAAGAACGACAGAAAAUACAUUAAAAUAUGGUAUUGAUCCAGUGCCAGACGCAGAAGCAAAACUACGUGCUGAAAAAGAACUAAAGGUUAGUUCUUUCCCAAAAGCAAACACACAUAAAGGCAGUACAGGAAAUUCCAAAAUUAAAAUAAAUGCAGAAGAGACACAAAAAGCAAAUAAUAAUGCUAAAAAUGACAAAACUGUUGAGAAUAAAGGAAAUGAGAAGAAGACUAGGAACAAAAGGAAAAAUACCCAGAUUUUCGCUGUGAUUUGUGACGAUGUUUCGAAUGAUCGGAGAGUUCAUGAUUUCUUACAUCAGCGGAUGGGUAGACCGAAGUGGUUGGAUUUUACGGUUGAAUGUGUGGAGAAAAUGGUAGGGGUUAGCAAAGGCUGCACAUUGGUAACAACGUCAUUUGCAAGUGCAAACAUAGCCAAAAAAGCAGUGAAUCUUCUGCAUAGUUCCAACAAGGGCUCUUCGAGUAAAGUUCAUGGAUUCUUUAGGAAGGAAAAAGCGCUCGGCGAGGAGCUGACGAUGACUAGUAAACGUGAGGCUGAAAUUCAAAAAGCAUUACUGGAAUUGAUAGAAACGACAGAAGAAGUUAUGGGCAAACACGAUUUAAAAAUAAAAGAAAAGGAAGAUGAAAUAGGGGAAAUAGACAAGGAGUUGCAUAGUCGAAAGCAAAUUCCAUUUAAUCUGUAUGACAAACUAUCAGACAAGAAGUCGGCCUUGGAUGACAAGUUACAAGAGCUGCAAUCACAAAGAGUAGAGUUUUGUAAAUAUAUUAAGGCCAUGAAAACCAAAAUUGUAGAAAUUAUAGAUAAUGACAAGUUCGGUAAUGAUUUGAGAGACAUUCGAAAGGCUCUUGGUGUCGAGUGCCGGCGUUUAGAAGCAGCCCUACCGAUGUAUGCAAGAAGAGACGACAUCCUUACAACUAUACAGAACAACCAGGUUUCUGUUAUCCUUGGCGAAACAGGGUCGGGUAAAUCCACUCAGAUGGUCCAGUACCUGUACCAGACUGGUUUUGGAGACAAAGGCCUUAUUGCCUGCACUCAGCCUAGAAAGAUUGCAGCAAUCAGUCUGGCGACCCAUGUGUCCAAGGAACUAGCCUCAAGCGUUGGACAAAUCGUUGGCUACCAAGUAGGCAUGCAGAUGAAGAAAACAGAUAUCACAAAGGUUUUGUACAUGACUGAUCACAUAUUGCUGAAUGAAUGUUUAGCAGAUAGAUUGUUAUCAAAGUACUCUUGUGUAAUUAUUGAUGAGGCCCAUGAGAGAAGCAUUCACACCGAUUUGCUUUUAGGACUUCUUAAGCAGUGUAUGAAAACCAGGCCGGAACUCAAAGUUAUUGUGACGUCUGCAACCAUUGACCCAGACAUAUUUGUUCAGUACUUUGGGGGACCACAUAACUGCCCAGUUUUGAGUGUUUCCGGCCGUGCAUUUCCCGUAGAUGUCAUUUGGGAUCAUGACGAAAUGUACGAUAGCCCAUAUCCAGACAAUUUUGAAAGGAAAGCUCUUCAGAAAGCUAUCGACAUCCACACAACAACUGAUGUUAAUUCUGGGGAUAUCCUUGUCUUCCUUACAUCUGCUAUUGAGACAACACGGUGUGCGGAACGAUUCAAACAAAAAUGCGGAGACAAAACUUGCAUCUGCUUGCCGCUUCACGGCCGAUUAAAGCCAGAGGAACAACAACAAGUUUUUGACCAAACUCCGAAGGGAAAGCGAAAGGUGAUAUUUUCGACUAACAUUGCUGAAACUUCCGUCACAAUAGAUGGCAUUAAGUAUGUGAUAGACACUGGGCUGGCGAAAGAAAUGCGAUUUGAUCCUAAACGGAACAUGAGUUCUCUGGAUGUUGUGUCUGUAAGCAAAAGCUCCGCCAAUCAGCGUAAAGGAAGGGCGGGAAGAACGUCUGCAGGAACAUGUUACAGACUCUAUGCCCAAAAGGACUUUAGCAAAAUGGAUAAAUCUGGAACCCCUGAAAUAUUACGUAUCCAUGUUGCACAAGGUAUUUUGAAACUUUUACAGCUGAAAGUGAAUCCUGUUGACUUUGAUUACGUCCAGUCGCCCUCACCAGCGGCGAUGAAAAGUGCAGUUGAAGAGCUAAUGAGUAUAGAAGCUGUUGACGAAAAUGGAAUAACUGAGCUAGGAGAAUGGAUAGUGCGACUUCCUGUUGAACCAAGGCUUGGGGUGAUGGUUAAAAAAGGAAUUGACAUGGGUGUUUCUCUUGAAUCGCUUGUCAUUGCAACUUGUUGUAAUCAACAAGUGUUUUUCCGCGCUGGCUCAGAUGAAGAGAAAAAAUUAGCUGAUAUGAAGAAACUGGAGUUCUGUCACAUUGGAGGUGACCUGCUGACUAUGUUAUCGGUGUAUAGAGAAUGGGAUAAAGUCAACGAGAAGGAAAAGGGCAAAUGGUGUAAUGCUAAGAGCGUGAAUGGAAAAUCAAUGAAGAGCGUUCGGGACAUGGUCAAUGAAAUAUGUACAUCACUGAAGAGAGAAUUGGAUGUAAAAAUACAGCAUAAAUUUAUUGAAGUAGCUGAGGCCGAGUCACGUAUAGGAAAGCUGAUUUUUGAAUGCAUGUACUCUAACCUGGGUUACUACCUUGGACAUGAAAGUGCGGGCUACCUGAUUGUUAAUCGCAAUCACAGGGUACAGAUACACCCUUCUUCAGCCCUGAUUUCUCUAGGCUGUCAGCCUGAAUGGAUAGUCUUCAACAGAGUUUUGAAAACCUCAGCGGAUUUUAUCACUGAGAUAACGCCAGUUCCGGAAGACUACAUUGAGGAAGCGGAGGGCUUAGGCAAAAUCAAACUGAACAGAACAGCAUUGUACAAUCAACGGAUAGAACGAGUGAGCACAAUUCCAGUUGGAAAACAUGUGUUUUGGAAGUUUGUUGGACCAAUGCAUAAAGAACGAAAGUCAUUAGAAGCGGACAUUCAAGAUAUUUGCAACGGUUCCACUGUGAUAAUUGAAGCAAAUAAACGGAGAGGUGAAAUAGUAUUGUUUACAGUCCCACAAUAUUCUGAAGUUGCGUUGGACAUACUUAAGGAAAACCUCAAACCAUUGCCUGCUCCGCUAUUAAACGAACGAAUAGAAGAGUCCUUGUGCGAAUCAGGAGUAAGGGUGGUUAUAAAAGAAGGUGGUGAAGUUGCUGAUAUAUUGAUGCCAGAUCAAUACAGAGCCUGUAACAUCAAAGAGAAUGACUCGGCUGCAUAUUCAUUAACGGAAGACGAGCUACACACCGUAUUGUCACAGUACGGACCAUUAGAGCAGAUUUGGCAAAUAACAGGAAAGAGAAGCACAAACAGUAUGUUUUGGGGAAGAGUAACAUUCACAAAUGCAAGCGAUGCUAAAGAAGCUGUAACUGCCAUUAGGGAAGACGACGACAGUUUGUGUUCUCUCAUUCCAAUUACCUAUGCUGCUAGGAGAUCAUACCAACAACAAGGAUUUACAAUGAAGCUUAGCUGGACACGUCGGAAGGGAAAGGGAAUAUGUUUCGUGUCUUGUAACAGGCCUGAAGAUGUUUCUCGCUUAUUAAUGUCAAGAAUACAAGUAUUGGACAGGAAUGUUUUAGUUAUGCCAGCCAAACAGCAGCAACCAGGCAAACAGCAGUCAGAUCUAUAUAUAAGAGCGCUUCCUUUGGAUGUUUGUGAGGACGAUAUCAAAGAAGGCCUUGCACAAGCACUUGAUGUUGAUAAUCCAAAGGAACGUUUCAAAGUUAUUAUCCCGCGGGAAAACUGUAUUUUUCGAACGAAUGAGCAUGGAUUAGCACGAACAGAGCUGACGAAUAUUUUGUCAAAGUUGUCCGGUCCUGAUACGUUCCGAUUGAAUGUACGCGAGUACAAACAUCAAACAGUGACCGCUUUGGCAUUUGUCACGUACAAUGACGCAAACAUGUGUGAAAAAGUUGCUGACGCGAUAAAUGAAGGUUAUGAUCAUAUUAAUUACUGCAAAUUACACGCGGAAGUUGAAUACAAGUCAUCUGUGCAUGUGAAGCGGUUCUUGUUUGAUGUUUUGAAACAAGACAUUGAUGAAAAGGUAGAAAUGUAUCGGACACAAAGUCGGUCCACAACGGUUGAGAUAAGGACGCUGAAAUCUGGCCACUAUUCAUUGGAUAUAAAGUCUAUUACUUUACAAAAGUUGGCCAAGGCAAAGGUCUCAUUUGACAAACUUGUUCAAGGCGAAGUGUUGGAUGGAGAUGUUAUAAAAGACAUUCAAGUGUUAUUUUCAACUGACGGUCGUGCAAAAAUUAAACGAAUCGAGAAGUCAACUGAUGCGAUCAUAAAUAUUGACGGAAGGCGCAUGCAGAUUAUUGUCCAAGGACGUACAGAUGCAAAGAAUAAGGCUGUUGAUCUUAUAAGAACAGAAGUUCUUUUAUGCACUGAAUCGAAUGAGACAGAAGUUCGUCUGAAAGGGGAAGAUAACCCACCCGGUUUAAUGAAGGCUUUGGUCGUAAAGUAUGGUUUGAGAUUUGGCAAAUUAAAAUCUGAAACCGGUCUGUCAUCGAUAGCAUUGAAUUUUCGACACCAUGAAAUAUCGUUGUCAGGUAAAGAUGACGCCCUUGUUAAAGCAAUGUCAAUCAUUCGGGAGCAGAAAGAGUUGCUUUCAAACGACAAAACUACAAAGGAUGCUGGCACAGAUUUGCCUGAUUGUCCAGUAUGUCUGACCCCUAUAGAUGAAGCAGAUAUGUGUCGUCUUGAAUACUGCGGUCAUGCCUAUUGUAAAACUUGCCUUACAACCCAAAUUAGAGUUGCUAUUCAAAAUAGAGAGUUUCCGGUCAACUGUGCCACAGAAAAUUGCAAUAACGGUUUGGUAGCUCGUGACUUCAAUGUUCAAGUCCGUAAUAGCCUCAUCAGGGCCUCAGACCCAGUCGAAGCAUCUAUGACCAGCUUUGUCACAAGGCACAACAAAGAGUACAAGUUUUGUCCAACGCCGAAUUGCAAUAUGGAAUACAAAGUAUCAAAAGGAAGGUUUGAAUGUGGUCUUUGUCAUGCUUUAACGUGCACCAAGUGCCAUAAUGGAAUCCACGAAGGUCUGACCUGCGACAUGUACGAAAGUGCGAAAAAGGCUGGGGACUUAGUGCUUAAAUGGAUAAAAGAAGAUCCUAUCAACCGAAAAAUGUGCCCAGUUUGUGAUCUGGGUAUUGAGAAGAUCGCCGGUUGUGACCACAUGUUGUGCAGGUGUGGUUCUCAUAUAUGCUGGAAAUGUCUCCGAUACUUCUCGUCCUCGUCCGCUUGCUACGGACAUUUACAGACCGCCCAUGGUUCGUUUGUGUAACUGCGUUUAAAAACGUCUGUAGGUUUGAUAUUGUUUGAUCAGCCGUAUGAUUUGAGUGAAAAUGCAUGUUUCUUGAAUUGUUAAUGUGGCUUCAUUAGAGAGAAUAAUGUGAAUGUAAUUGAAAACUAUUUUAUUGGCGAAAGUAACGUUUGUUUACAUAAUGCAAAGAUCACAAGUAUUUGCAUUUUCUAGAGUUUUUCAAUCAAUGUAUUAUAACUAUAUUUAUUUAUCGAUUCACUAGUUUUGCCAUCUGUUUGCUUUGUGUUACGUAAGAGAGAGCAUAAAGUCAUGCUGUCCGUCUGUGCCACUCUUUGUCCCGAGAAUAACUUUAAAAGUACUCGUGGGAUUGGAAUGAAAAUUGGUAUAUAGUUGGAUGGCAAUGAGAGGAAGUGCAGAAAUAUAAUCUGGUUAUGCAUCUUUAUUAAAUAAUCUCUCUUAACCAUGUUUUCAUAAUUGGUGCUUGCUUACCUUUGUCCGGAGAAUUACUUCAAAAGUACAGUUAGGAUUAAAAAUACUAAUUAUUCCUCAAACGACCAUAUAUCAAAUUCACCCAAUAGUUAUUCAUAAAAACCAUUGCCGUUAGGGGCGGAGCUAGUUUUCACUACUAGUAUAUAUAUGUCUAUAUAAAAAAAAAAAUCUUCUCUUUGGAAACCAUUGGCAUGAUUUCAAAACAACACAGAAAUGUUUCUUAUGUGUUAUCCUUUUAUCAUAUUUAUUUAUAUUAUUUUUACAAUUAUCUUUAUUGUUUAACAAAUAUUGAAGAGAACAACUUCAAACUUAUUUACAGUAAUAACGUGCUCUUUUGUGGCAAGUAAUAUAACCCCAACUUAAUUAUUAUGAGUAACGGCACUUUGAACUUUUUAACAAAUAUAUAUUUUUCAUGUUUUGAUACGACUGGUUAAACAUGGAAGUAUUUUAGUUUUACCUGCGGCGUACGAGCGUAUGCUGUCCGAUCAAUAACUUUAAAACCGUUUGUCAAAUCAGGAGAGCGAGAUAGGGCCAUAUCUGCCCUAUUGUUUUUGAUUGCUUUUGACAGGCACAAAUUUCAUCAUUAUAGUUUUCAUUUUAAAGACAAAACGGUGUACAGUCGAGCGCGCUGUCCUACGACGGCUCUUCUUUAUUUCAUUGCUUGAGAUUGACGUUAUUUUUUAUGCCCCCCUUCGAAGAAGAGGGGUAUAUUGCUUUGCACAGGCAUGUCGGUAUGUCGGUCGGUCGGUCGGUCCGUCGGUAGACCAAAGCUUGUCCGAGUGAUAACUCAACAAUUCCUGGACGUAUGGUCAUCAAACUUCACAUGAAGGUUGGGCCUGAUCAGUAGAUGACCCCUAAUGAUUUUGGGGGUCAUCGGGUCAAAGGUCAAGGUCACAGUGACCUUUAAUGGUAAAAUAAUUUUAAAGCUUGUCCGAGUGAUAACUCAACAAUGCCUGCACCCAUGGCCCUCAAACUUGACAUGGAGGUUGGGCCUGACCAGUAGAUGACCCCUAUUGUUUUGGGGGAACAUCAGGCCAAAGGUCAAGGUCACAGUGACCUUGAAUGGUAAAAGGUCGUCCGAGUGAUAACUUGACAAUGCCUGCACCCAUGGCCCUCAAACUUGACUUGGAGGUUGGGCCUGACCAGUAGCUGACCCCUAUUGUUUUUGGGGCUCAUCGGGUCAAAGGUCAAGUUCACAGUGACCUUGAAUGGUAAAAGGUUGUCCAGGUGAUAACUCAACAAUGCCGGCACCCAUGACCCUCAUAAUUGAAUUGGAGGUUGGGCCUGACCAGUAGAUGACCCCUUUUGCUUUUGGGGGUCAUCGGGCCAAAGGUCAAGGUCACAGUCACCUUGAAUGGUAAAAGGUUGUCCGAGUGAUAAUUCGACAAUGCCUGCACCCAUGGCCCUCAUAAUUGAAUUGGAGGUUGGGCCAGACCAGUAGAAGACCCCUAUUGUUUUGGGCGGUCAUCGGGCCAAAGGUCAAGGUCACAGUCACCUUGAAUGGUUAAAGGUUUUCCUUGUGAUAACUUGACAAUGCCUGCACCCAUGGCCCUCAAACUUGACUUGGAAUUGGGGCUGACCAGUACAUGACCCCUUUUGUUUUUGGGGGUCAUCUGGCCAAAGGUCAAGGUCACAGUCACCUUGAAUGGUAAAAGGUUGUCCGAGUGAUAACUCAACAAUGCCUUCACCCAUGGCCCUCAAACUUGACUUGGAGAAUUGGCCUGACCAGGAGAUGACCCCUAUGGUUUUUGGGGGUCAUCUGGCCAAAGGUCAAGGUCACAGUGACCUGGAAUGGUAAAAGGUUGUCCGAGUGAUAACUCGACAAUGCCUGCACCCAUGGCCCUCAAACUUGACUUGGAGGUUGGGCCUGGCCAGAAGAUGGUCCCUAUUGAUUUUAGGGGUCAUUGGGCUAAAGGUCAAGGUCACAGUGACCUGAAAUGGUAAAAGGUUAUCCGAGUGAUAACUCGACAAUGCCUGCACCCAUUGCCCUCAAACUUGACUUGGAGGUUGGGCCUGGCCAGAAGAUGUUCCGUAUUGAUUUCAGGGGUCAUUGGGCCAAAGGUCAAGGUCACAGUGACCUUGAAUGAUAAAAGGUUGUCCGAGUGAUAACUCAACAAUGCCUGCACCCAUGGCCCUCAAACUUGACAUGGAGGUUUGGCCUGACCAGUAGAUGACCCCUAUUGAUUUUAGGGGUCAAAGGUCAAGGUCACAGUGACCUUGAAAGCGACCUCGACAAUUCCUGGACCUAUGGUCAUCAAAUUUGACAUGAAGGUUGGGCCUGCCCAGUAGAUGACCCCUAUCGUCUUUGGGGGUCAUCAGGCCAAGGUCAAUGUCACAGUAACCUUUAACGCAAAAAAGUUAACAAAUCUUCUCCCACUGAUAUCUCAACAAUGCCUGAACCUAUGAUCAUUAAACUUGACAUGGAUGUUAAGCCUGAUCAGUAGAUCACCGUUAUUGAUUUUAGGAUUCAUAUAGCCAAAGGUCAAGGUCACAGUGAUCUUGAAUGGUAAAAGGUUGUCCGAGUGAUAACUCAACAAUGCCAGAACCCAUGGGCUUCAAACUUGACUUAGAGUUGCAUCUGACUUGUAGAUGACCCCUUAUGAUUUAAGGGGUCAUUGGGUCAAAGGUCAAGGUCACAGUGACCUUGAACGAAAAAAACUUGUCUGUGUGAUAACUUGACAAUGCCUGCACCCAUGGCCCUCGAACUUGACAUUUAGGUUUCUGGUGACCUGCUGAUGACUCUGGAUUUUGAGUUCAUAGAGUCAAAGGUCAUGGUCAUAACACACUCUAUCCUCACACUUUAAUGGUCAUAAUCUUAAAACUGCCUUAACGGCAACAAAUCAGCUGUCAUUUCGGUCCAUGCAUAUUUCAUUCAAUUGUCCAUAUAAUCCUGACAACAUGGCG